UGAUGAUUUACCUCUUCCUCUCUUCCUCUUUCUUUUUUAAUGUAAUUACGAAUUCUUUUCCUACAACCACCACAACUACUACCACUGCAAAAUAAAAGAAGGAAAACAAAAUGUCAAACAUCAUGACGAUCAACAACAUGGAAGACCUCAACUCUGCACUGGAUGCUCAUACCAAGAUUCUGCUAGGGUUUUAUUCAGAAGACUCUGAGGAGUCCAAAGCCAUUGAUCAUCAAUUCAAUCAGUUUUCCAAAAAUCCCAGAUGCUCGGCUAUCAAGUUUAUCAAAAUUAAUGUUAACCAGCUACAAGAAGUCCAGAAGCGGUAUGAGAUCACUACGACACCCACAGUCCUGGCGCUAUCUAAUCGUGACCUCAUAGGGCAGUGUGAGGGAAUUAAAGAACUGGAGGGGCUUCCCAAGUUAAUUACGCAGCUCGAGUUGGAUUAGAAAGUACUCAUUCACCCUAUUCUACGCCUCGGAUUCCCUUUGUAGGAAAGCAGUGAAAUCAAUAAAGAAUUUGUUUCAGAC